UCUCCGCGAGCAGCGGCGCUGACCCCGCGGUCCGACAUGUCGCAGCGGCCCGCAGUCAGCAGCGGCCCGCAGUCGGGAGCAGCGAGCCGCGACCGCCGGCUCCCGCAGGCCGAGGUAGGCGGCGGGCGGCGUGCGCUCCCGGGUCCGGCGCGACCUGGGGAGACCCGGGGACGCCCAAUGGCGGCGGCCCGGGAAGGCCCCGCAGCCCCGGCGGCGGCCAGGGGAGGCCGGGUGGCUGCAGCCCGGGAAGGCAGGGCGACGGCGGCGGCCCGGGGAGGCCCCGGGGCGGCUGCCCGUGGCGGCGCAGCGGCCCGCGAAGGCCCGGCGGCGCCGGCGUCCAGGGAAGCCCGGAUGGCAGAGGUGGCCCGGCUGCUAGGCGAUCCGCUGGAGGAGGAGGCUCCGGAGGGCAGGCCCCGGUCCAGGGCGGGCGGCCUGGCGGCGAUGCCGUACGUGCGCUUCCGCCACCCCCUCAGCGUCUUGGGCAUCAAUUACCAGCAGUUCCUGCGCCACUACCUGGAGAACUACCCGAUCGCCCCGGGCCGGAUCCAGGAGCUGGAGGAGCGCCGGCGGCGCUUCGUGGAGGCCUGCCGAGCCAGGGAGGCCGCCUUCGACGUAGAGUACCUGCGUAACCCGCAGAGGGUGGAUUUUGACAUUUUAACGUUUACCAUAGCCCUGACUGCAUCCGAGGUGAUCAAUCCUCUAAUAGAAGAACUGGGUUGCGAUAAGUUCAUCCAGAGAGAGUGAAGAAGUCGGACCGGGGGAGGGCACGGCACCAAGACCUCCGCAUCCAAGUGAAAUCCAUCCUGGAACUUGGUUUUCAGAAGUCAGAAGCAGCCUGAGAAUGAGGCCGUGCUUCCUUGGAGGGAAAGCGUCAGAAAAUUGGGAGGGGGGGAAUGUCGAAAGCAUCCUAAGAUGUUUCUUGAGUUUAUGAUUGGUUGAGAUUUCUUGUGUUAUGGAAAGUGUCCAACCUCGUGGCUUCGUUAAUAAGUAAAGGACGGUUUUGUAAAACUGUAAAGACUUAAAAUUGCCAGUAGUAGAGCCCACGACGAAGACUCGCGAUGAGUUAAAACUGGUUUUAGGACGAAGUUUAUGCCGAGAACUUGACCUUGUCGGAGCAGUCAAAAGUCUUCACGUCAGCGUCAACAAGAGUGUGUAGUGUAAGAGGGACGUUGUGUCUUUGAGACAUUGUGAAUGGCGAGCAACAUAAAUACUGUGUAUAGUAUGUGAUAAAUCGUGUUUCCAAACAUACCAACUUUCUGGGAUUUUAUUUUCCAUGUUUCAAAAGUUUUGUUUCGUCUUUGUUUUGUAAAUCUAUUCCUAAGUCUCAAGAAUAUGAAGGACUGAAAGUCUUUUGUCCUUCCCUCCUUGCCCCCAUACCUCACGCAGCCUCUGAAGGCAGUUUCCGUCGUCCCUGUUUCGUUUUUUUUAUACACAGUAUUUUAUUUCUCAACAGAGUUGACAUAGUUUGGGUUGAAUAUUGUGAUUUAUUGUGCAAAUACCUUGAAGAACCUUCCCGUCCAGUAUAUUUACUUCUGUGGUUAUGCUGUUAUGAACCAGGAAUAUACUGGUGGACGGCGGGCUGUCUCCCAUCGGUUUCUCCUGGCAUUUUGACGCCUCCUCUGGUAGUUUGGCUCCUGCGUACACCAACUGGCCCGUGGGCAGGCCAUACUGCUUCAGUUCUGAACACAUUUUUCAUGUCUACCAUCCCAAGGUGGAAUAAGUCUUAUACUUGAUGGUAUUAUAUACCUACUACGUUUUGUUUUGUUUGUCUUUAAGUUUUUCCAUAAAAUUGAUGGUGCAUCUCACUAA